UCAUUUUUCUCCCUCCAAAGUCUAACCCCUUCAGUCCUUCACCCUUUCUCCCUAACCAGAAAAAAACCCUAUUAACUAUCUCUCUCUGUCUGACAUAAUUGUCUCAAAUCUUUCCAUUUAUGGAAAUUUCAAUCAAAUUUGCAUUUCCUUUGAUCUUAUUAAACCCUCUAAUCAUCAUCAUUUUCUCAUAAAAAAAUACUCCUUUCAAUUUCCUAUUUUUGAUAAAGCUCUGAAAUUAAGGACAUCAAAUAUUUCACCUUUAAACCCCUGAAUUUUAAUUAUAUUGUCUUUUGUUGCCAGUUCUGUUUGUUACUUUGUUUGAUUUGAUUUUUCUCAAUUGGCGUUCAAUUGGGUAAUUACAAUAAUAAAAGGGUUUAAUGGUUUCUGAGUAUAAUUUUUAAUUUAACUUUUUUUGGGUUAAUUUUUGUGGGUAUUCUGGGUAAUUGUAUAUGCAUUUCCAGAAAAUUGAAUUCUGGGUUUCGAUCAUAUUGGGAUGGAUGACUCUGUUGCAGCAGCUGCUGAUGAUCAGGGCUCCGGAUGGUUUGAAGUGAAAAAGAAACAUAGAAGCAGCUCCAAGUUCUCUAUCCAAAAUUGGGUGGGGGGUUUUUCAAGGCAGCAAGUAAAUGGAAAAGGUCGGAGUUCCAAUGUUAAGUAUCGCUCCAAUAUAUCAAAACCUGGGAAAGAUUCAGUUCAAAGGGGUGUGUCAAGUCAUUCUUCUUCCUCCAAGGAACACGAGAAGGAUACAUGUCUUGAUAAGUGCGUUGUUGGUGAUGAUACUGGGCGUCCGAAGACACCACCUUUGAAAAUCAUAACGACUACUAGUUCUCAAAGUUCCUCCACUGCUAAUGAAAAUGUCACUGAAAAGAAGUCUGACAUAGUUCAGAGAAUCAAGUGGGGUGACCUAGAGGAUGAUGCCCUGGAUUGUGGAACUGCUGCUGUUUCUGAAAUUAGAUUUGGCGAAAUUGGAGAUGACGAUUUAGCAAUGUGUUGUACAUCCAGGAAUGUGUGUGAUUUGAGUGCUUGCAAUUUGUCAAAGGACUACCCUGUAGUAAACAAUAGUACUUUUGAAGUAUUAGAGGAAGCUAGUGAUAUGUGUUAUAGUAAGCCACCAUUUCCAGUUGAUGAAUCUCUUGAAGAAAAUUGUAAAGAGGUGAUUGAAGUAGCUUCAACUGACGUGGGAAUGCUGUCAACUACGACUAAAGUAAUUGAUGCUAAUUGUAGUGGGUUGGACCACAAGGAACUAGUAAAUAAUGAUGUUGAGAAUCAUAAUGAAGACCAUGCAUGUGGAUCAUCUAAUGAUGUGUUUCAGUGCUCGUCUAUAGAGGAGCCUGCAAAAAUAGUUGAAUUGUCGGCACCCAUUCUCACCCCUGGUGUAUGUGACUUGGGAUUCUCUUCUGUAAAAGAUGAAGACAAUGCAGAUGGGAUGCUGAUUGCUCGAGAUAUGGACAUUUCUCCAUCCGUUCCAAACCUAGCAGAAGCUCCUGAAAACUGCAAUGCAGCAAGUGUUCCUGCUGAUUGUGGAAGUGGUAUACCUAAUAGUUCAUCCACAGAUAAUUUAUUGAAUACACCUACAAUGAACAUCAAUAGGGAACCAGAAGGUGGGGAAAGCAAGGAAAGGUUCAGAGAGCGGCUUUGGUGUUUCCUGUUUGAGAAUCUUAAUAGGGCUGUAGAUGAGUUGUACCUUUUAUGUGAGCUAGAAUGUGAUUUAGGGCAGGUGAAAGAGGCAAUGGUUGUUCUCCAAGAAGCUGAGUCUGAUUUCAGAGAGCUAAACAUUAGGGUGGAGGAGUUUGAAACAUUGAAGACUUCAUGCCCACCAACAAGUGGUGCAGUGAUGAGUAUCAAAGGCGAUCACAGAAGACCUCAUGCACUGUCGUGGGAGGUUCGUAGAAUGACUACUUCACCUCAUAGAGCAGAAAUAUUAUCUUCAUCCCUUGAGGCUUUCAAGAAAGUCCAAGAGGAGAGAGAAAAAGAGCGUGCUUCUGGUGAAGUAAAAAAACGCCAUAAACGGCUUCCAACUAUGGAUGAGCAUAAACGGGAAAAUAUCCCUGAUACUUCUGAAUUGGAAACUAAGUCAAGGAGGAAGAGUGGGAUUUCAGAUGCUGCUCGUCUAAAUACUAGCAGGGAAAGGAGGAGCACAGAAGCCGGCAGGUCUAGCAAAGCCCCCGUACAAAAUAGUCGUGUUGCUCUUGUGACUUCUGCUUCCGAUCCUACCACUACUAAGCUUCCGUCUAGAGGCAGUUCUGCUGCCUUUGUAGGUGGAAAAGGCAAGAAAGAACAACUAGGGUCUCUAGCUGAAAUGGAGAAGCUUUUCGAAGGGGAUGUUUUUAGGCGACAUAAUGUUGCUGGUGAUAAAGAGAAGGAAAAAAGAAAUUCACAACCGUGGAGGCCAGUUGAUGCUUGGAAGGAGAAAAGGAAUUGGGAGGAAAUACUGGCUCCUCCACGUCGUCUUUCUUCUCGCGUUUCACAUUCACCUUGCAUGAGUAGAAGAAGUAUUGAACGUGCACGAGUUUUGCAUGAUAAACUAAUGUCCCCUGAAAAGAAAAAGAAAACUGCUGUGGACAUGAAAAAAGAGGCAGCAGAGAAGCAUGCACGUGCUAUGAGAAUCCGAAGCGAGUUAGAGAAUGAGAGAGUCCAGAAACUUCAGCGUACAUCUGAGAAGCUGAACCGUGUGAGUGAGUGGCAUGCUGUUCGCAGCAUGAAAUUACGAGAAGGCAUGUAUGCUCGUCACCAGCGCAGUGAAUCUAGGCAUGAAGCUCAUAUAGCCCAAGUUGUGAAAAGAGCUGGUGACGAGAGUAUCAAAGUAAAUGAGGUGCGUUUUAUAACUUCAUUGAAUGAAGAAAACAAAAAGUUUCUCUUACGCCAGAAACUUCAUGAUUCGGAGAUGAGGAGGGCUGAAAAGUUUCAAGUAAUGAAAACUAAGCAGAAAGAAGAUAUGGCCAGAGAAGAGGCUGUCAUUGAACGUAGAAAACUCAUUGAAGCGGAAAAGUUACAGCGCCUUGCUGAAACACAACGGAGAAAAGAAGAGGCGCAACUGAGAAGAGAAGAGGAAAGGAAAGCAUCAAGCGCUGCCAGAGAGGCAAGAACCAUGGAACAACUUCGGCGGAAGGAAGAAAGGGCCAAAGCACAACAAGAAGAGGCUGAACUACUUGCACAGAGAUUGGCUGAAAGACUCAGUGAAAGUGACCAGCGUCGCAAGGUCUACCUUGAGCAGAUACGAGAGAGAGCUUCAAUGGAUUUUCGAGAUCAAUCAUCACCCCUGAUGCGUCGUUCAUUAAAUAAGGAGGGCCAGGGAAGGUUAACUCCACCCCGUAACAGUGACGAUAAUCAAACAAAUAAUCCUUCAUCAGAGUCUGGUCCUGUGAAUAACGGCAUUGGGAUGCAGCAGUCUCUGAAGCGAAGGAUAAAGAAAAUUAGGCAGAAGCUUAUGGCUUUGAAACAUGAUCUUCCUGAAAACCCAGCUGCUGAAAAUGUUGGCAUUGGAUAUAGAACAGCUGUGGCAACUGCCAGGGCCAAAAUAGGGAGAUGGCUCCAAGAUUUGCAAAGACUUCGGCAAGAAAGGAAGGAAGGAGCAGCAAGUAUAGGUCUAAUAACCGCUGAAAUGAUUAAGUAUUUGGAUGGAAAGGAACUCGAACUACAAUCUUCUCGCCAGGCCGGUCUGCUUGAUUUCAUCUCUUCUGCCUUGCCUGCAUCUCACAUAUCAAAGCCUGAAGCUUGCCAAGUUACCAUAUACCUUCUGAGACUUCUAAAAGUAGUGCUUUAUGUGCCUACAAAUAGAAGUUAUUUUCUUUCUCAGAAUCUUUCACCCCCCCUGAUUCCAAUGUUGUCUGCGGCUCUUGAGAGUUACAUUAAAAUCACAGCAUCAUUAAAUAGUCCUGGUAACACUAGUUCACAGCAAAGUAAAACGUCAUCUGAAAAUUUUGAUUCAAUCUCUGAAGUAUUAGAUGGUUUCCUAUGGACUGCAACAACGAUUAUUGGUCUUCCUACCUUUGAUGAACGCCAACGUCAAAUGCAGGAUGGCCUCCUAGAGCUCAUUGUUUCUUACCAAAUAAUCCACCGACUACGAGAUCUUUUUGCACUGUAUGACAGGCCGCCUGUUGAAGGGUCUCCGUUUCCAGCAUCAAUAUUGCUAAGUAUAAAACUAUUGGUGGUUUUGACAUCUAAACCAUGUGCCGUUUUUUCCAUUGACUGGGAAUGUUAUCCAGUGGUUAUGAUGCCUAAAAAUGAAGCAGAAGUAACGAACAUCAUGAAGAAUAGCAACUCUGGUUGCCUGGUUGCACGUGAUUUUCAGAAGGGAUUUCAGCUAUCCUCGUCUGCUGCAAAUUGUGACAUGUCUAAACUUUCUUGUGCACACAAGGAUGAGCAAUGUGGUGAAUCCUUGUUCUCAGAAAUUGUGGGCGAAAAAGAGCUUGGGAAUAAUCCCAUGGAGUUGACUAGCAGCAAUACGGCAACAACAGUUGAACUACUCGACUCUCAGAAAGAUUCACAGAAGGAUGAGAAAACAUGUGCUAGUCAAGGAAAAAAGGAUGGGAAACAUAUGAGUGUGAAACAACCACACACAUUUCUUCUCUCUGCCAUAUCUGAAACUGGCUUGGUUUGUCUUCCAUCAUUGUUGACAGCUGUGCUAUUGCAGGCAAACAAUAGAUUAUCUUCUGAACAGGGCUCAUAUGUUCUCCCCUCAAAUUUUGAGGAAGUAGCCACGGGUGUCUUGAAAGUUUUGAACAAUCUGGCUCUCACAGACAUUGCUUUUAUGCAGCAAAUGCUAGCCAUGCCAGACCUGAAAAUGGAGUUUUUCCAUGUUAUGAGUUUUCUACUUACUCAUUGUACCAUCAAUUGGAAAGUUGCAAGUGAUCAGGUGGGUUUGCUUCUACUUGAAUCUUUGAUGCUUCUUGGGUACUUUUCUUUAUUUCACCCUGGAAAUCAAGCCGUCCUUCGAUGGGGAAACACUCCAACUAUCCUUCAUAAGGUGUGCGAUUUACCAUUCGCGUUCUUUAGCGAUCUGGAAUUGAUGCCAAUCCUCGCUGGAACAUUGGUCGCGGUGUGUUUUGGUUGUGAACAGAACAAAGGGAUUGUCCAACAGGAACUCAGUACAGAAAUGAUUAUUUCCCUUGUGAAAUCUUGGAAAAGUAGUUUACCAUUAGUUAGGUCAAAAUCCCCAACAGGAAAUUCUUCUAUGGAAGAUUCAACUGAUAGUCCCGUUUUGUCAACUCUUGAGCGCAGGAAACUGCAAAGUGAUGCAUCUGCCAAAUCAACCCGUUUCACUGCAAGAGGGUCUCGUCUUUCACUCCCCAAGGGCAGUGUUUCUGGGAGUAGUAAUGGCAGAAUUGGCAAAAUCCGAAAUACUAGGGAUAACAGAACAAGUAAAAUGUCUGAGGACUCAACUUCAAAGAUAAAAGUGCUGCCUUCAGAAUCUCCAGGUUCUCUGUCUUUGUAUUGUAGGUUUCCACCAAGCUUUAUUGACAGAGCUGAGCAAUUCUUUUCUAAGGAACAUGACAGAGAGAAUGAUGACGCACGUGCUUAAGUCUAUCUAUUAAGUUAUCCUGAUAUUCUGAAUGCACGGGUCUUGAAACUCUUUCUGAAUGUUUAACAUUCAGAAAAAUGGCUGAUCAUGGCUAAAGGCUGAAGCUCGCUGGAUUUUAUGCAAAUCCGAUGUAGAAGAUCAUGUACAACUGAUAAUAACUCGCUAGAUUGAAGCUAAUUAAUGAUUAUGGCCAAGGAUGAAGGUUGAGGCUGAAUUGUAGCCAAGGGCUGUCAAGAGCAAAUCCGAUCUAGAAGUCAUAUAUAUGUAUCAAUCGAUAAUUCGCAGGGUUGAAGCUUUUUUUAAUGAUCAGCUUCCCCAUUUUGUAAUUCUAAUUUUAAAUAUUUCCAAAAUGUAAUGUGAAUAUCAUUGAUAACCCGUCAGAGCCGGGUGCCAAAAAUGUAGAAAAAAAAGCAGUACAUAAAGAAAUACAAAGCUUUACUAACA